AUGCCCGCGGCCGGUCUUACGAAGGAAGGCUACAUUCAAACUAUUCUCGAUGCCAUUGCCGAGCACGAACGAGAGCAAUUAGACAAACCGGAGCCAAAGCUCAGGACAAAGCUUAUCCUUUCUGUCGACCGCCGUAACACCCUUGAGCAGGCCUAUGAAGUUCUUUCCUUGGCUACCCGCUUCCUUGGAAAAGGUGUCGUAGGCAUUGACCUGUGCGGCGACCCGGCCGCCGGCAGCAUCUCCUCCCUAUCAGCCUUCACGCCAGUCUUCCAGAAGGCGCGCACCCUGGGCCUCGGGGUAACGGUUCAUUUUGCUGAGGCCGAGUGCAGUGGUACGGAUGCUGAGCUGCAGUUGCUUCUAUCGUGGCAGCCGGACCGACUGGGGCACGUCAUUUGUGUGAGCGAUACGAUGAAGCAAGAGAUCAAAAAAAGGGAGGACUUGGGUUAG